AUGAAAACUCAUAUCUGCGGCACCCCAAACUACUUGGCUCCAGAGAUUUUCUUCCUCCAUGGGCAUUCAUUUGCGUCGGAUUACUGGGCUGCAGGAGUAACGCUCUACUUCAUGCUGGUCGGACGGCCUCCAUUUCAGCCUGACCGUCCCGUCGACCGUCCUCGGGAGGGCAUGCCAACUGAAGCGCCAUCGCCUGUUGCCAAGACGACCAACAGUUCUACCGCCGCAAUCACAUUAGGCAGACCGAUCGAGUCGCCUACGUUGUGCACAUUGUCUGCCCAGACGAGAAUGGCUUCAAAUGAGGCUCUGGGGGUGGAGAACAGUCGCCAGUCUGUACUCCAGUCUAUCUACCGACAG